AUGAGCAAAAGCGGUUUGGACAGGCCCAUCAGGCAUAUGGAAGCACCAAAGUUAUCGGAGUACAACUUCAAUGUCGAUGUUGCUGCCAUCGUAUCUGCAAUCAUACGCAUCAAAGACACCAAGUGGGCUCGACCUCUACAGUCUGAUCCAGCACAAAGAGAACCCAACCGAAUAUUCCGAGUUCUAAACGGAUUCAAUAUGGCAUGUAAGACCACUAAAAGGGAGAUAACACUACCAGUGAACACUGCCAGAAUAAUUCAGGAAGCAAAGUUCUACGUGAUCGAAGGAUAUAUGCGAUACAACGCUCUGUUCGAGAGGCCGUGGAUUCACAGCAUGAUGGCAGUGCCCUCGACACUGCACCAGAUGUUAAAAUUCCCAACACCGGGGGGGAUUAAAACAAUUUACGGAGAACAACCGGCUGCAAAUGAGAUAUUCGCGAUUGAUGAGUGGUUCCGAUAUCCGCACUUUCUACACCAAAGGAUCCAAGUUCGAUCGCCAAGGGAGGUACCAACUAGCAAUCACCGAUCCCGACCCCGACCCCGACCAAAUCGGAGAAGCAGGGGACAAAUGAGGAUGACCACUAUGGAGUUCCCAGAUCCUUCAUAG